UGUGAUUAAAUCGCUAAUGACAAGAAAAAAAAAACAAAAAAAAACAGAACCCGUGAAGACAAAAUACAAAUAAACAACAAUUAAUAUUCCAAGAAAAAGUUUAACAACAACAAAGAAGAAAAGAUUUUUUUUUGUUAAUAAAUUGCAACCGGAAAGAUACAAAAUUGCUGAAAAGUUGGACUGAGUGAUUUAAAGAAAAAUAAAUAUAAAUAAGGAAGUAUGUGGAAGAUAAUUCUUGCUUGUGCAGUAAUGCUUGGAUCUGCCAAUACAUCUCAACAAAAACGAUACAUCGAUAACGGAAGAAAUUACGCCCCAGAUUACGGAUUUGUUGAUCCUUAUGAAUUUCAUCAAAAACUAACUCAACAAAUUAUGGCCCAGCAAAAUCAUCAAAACAGAGCAAUUUCUUCUGUGUUUGCAUCAAGUGAUGCAUCUGCAUUUGCUGAAGCUUCUAAUGUUCCUGAUUUUGAUGAACUUUUCCAAGAGCAAUUCUCCCAUCAACAAAGAUUCUUUGAUAAUCUGCGACGUCAGUCUCAAGCAGCAGCUUAUGGUGCAUCAGGUGGCUCCGGAUACGGAUCUGGUUAUGGAACUGGAUAUGGAACUCGAUCUGGAUCUGGUUCUGGAUCCGGAUCUGGUUAUGGAACUAGAUCAGGAUCAUCAAAUUACGAUUCUGGUAACUAUGCACCAAACUAUGCUUCAGCUAGUGGAAGUUAUGGUCCGGGCGGUGGACGUCAAACUGCUUCAAUUUACCCAGAGAAUCCUAGCGUUCCCAAUAUCGAUACUAGAUUUUCAGACGAUUCUGAUACCGGAAAUGGAGGUGGUAGUGGUGGUGGUGGUGGUGGCUACCGUGGUGUUUCUGUUAGUUCUUAUUCAAGUUCAUCUGAUGUUAAUGGCAAGAAGACUAAUCAACGUGGUGCUUCAACUACAAUUAAUGAUAAUGGCAAAGUCACAACAUAUCGUGUUCAUUCUUAGAGAUGUCAAACUUUAUAUGAUUUUAUUCAUUAUUUUAUGUUUGUGAAAUGUCUAUAAAAUUUGCUUUAAUAAAUAAAAUGUAACAAAA